AUAGUGUUAAGUCUCUAAAUGUUAAAUUUUUAAUACUACUAAUUAUGCUGUUUAGUGUAAAUAUACAUAGAAUUUAAUAUGAAUAAAUAUAAAACCUGUCGUCAUGAGAUCAGCAAAGAAAAUAAUCAUAGGACUUUUAUUGCUUUUAGCAUGCUCGAUAACCCUCUCUGUAUUUCUAAUUAUGUCUUCAUUAACAUCUAAUUGCUCAUCGAACAUUUAUUCAAAGGUAGAUUUUGGCCAAAAAUCUUGGAGCGAGCAUCGUCUUGCUGUUAUCGUGCCUUUUCGCGAUAGAUUUGACGAGCUCUUACGAUUCGCUCCUCAUAUUCAUGAAUUCUUAAAUAAACAAAAAAUUCCACACUAUAUACAUGUGAUUAAUCAAGUGGACAAACUACGUUUCAAUCGAGCGUCUUUAAUAAAUGUGGGGUAUCUAUUAGCUCGUCAAAAUUGUGACUACAUAGCCAUGCAUGAUGUUGAUUUACUACCAUUGAACCCUAAAUUAAGUUAUAAAUAUCCUAGGAAUGGACCAUUUCAUGUUGCUGCACCUGAGCUCCACCCCAAAUACCAUUAUUCUACAUUUGUAGGUGGAAUUCUACUGUUAUCCAAUGAACAGUUUGAACUUGUUAAUGGUUUAUCGAAUAGAUAUUGGGGAUGGGGUCUUGAGGAUGAUGAAUUUUUUGCUAGGAUGCGUGAAGCCAAACUGAACAUAAGCCGACCCCAGAAUGUGAACAGUGGUAUUCAUAAUACUUUCAAACAUAUCCAUGAUCCUUCUGCACGCCGCCGCGACACAGCCCGCUUAUAUAACCAGAAAGAGUCUACAAGAAAAAGAGAUCGAGUAACUGGCCUUUCAAAUGUACAAUAUCAGUUGAUUCAGACUCAUCAAUUGAUGAUUGAUCAAGCACCUGUUAUAAUGCAUAAUGUCAAACUGAUUUGUAAUCGGACUUUAACGCCAUGGUGUGAACCAAAAGGUGCAAGUCUUAAAAAAUUAUGAAAAAUUAAAAACUACCUAGUUACUAAAAACAUUCAUAUUUUAAAUUAUGCAUUGUUUUUCUAGUCUCUAUAUCAUUAGCAAAAUGUAACAAUAAUUAAUUUUUGAUUUGCUUUUGGCUAAAUGUGAACUCUGUCACUUGUCUGGGAAUUUUAUAUAAUUUUUGCUAAGAAUUAAAUACUGUGCAAAAUCCCAUAUUCGAACAGCCCUUUAGUGCAAAAAUCAAUUUUCUAAACACUUUUUAACAAUCAAAAUCUUUUGUUUUUUUUUUUUCAAAAGAAAAGAGUCCCUUUUUUCUGCAUUUUCCAGGUCUGUCUUAAAGUCCUAUGCAUAAAAAUAAUUUUUUAUUAUAUCCUCUUGCAGCAGCAUCAAGUAUGAUUCAACAAUUAUACUGCUUUAAUGAGUUCACUUAAAAGAAAUGUUGAAAAGACAAAAUGAAUUACAGAAAAACAAACUUCAGUGAGAGGAAUAAACUAAACUAUGAAUAUAACUGAAGCUUAAUAUUAAUAAUACUUGAAACAACCAACAAGUAGAGAAACUGUUUAUAUAUGAAAGAGAAGAUUAAAUUUGUGUAUCCUCAAAUUAUGUUUUUUUAAACAUUUUUUUCGUGACAUUUAUUUUAUCAUAUUAAAUAUUCUUGUUAAUUAAAUGUCAUUUAACUAAUAACAAAACAUUAUAAUAUAAAUAUUGACAUCAUUUAUAAUUAAUUUGUUGUUUCAUUAAACAAAGUAUUUUUCAGAAAAAUUUGUUCUCUGAAGUUUGGAUAUGGGGCUUUCUACUGUAUUUCAUUUUGUUAAAUUUUAACAAUGUUUUCUCCUCAUACUUAGUAAUAAGUUUGCAUAACCUUAUUUUUGUAAAAUCUAAAGUGUUUUUUUUUUUCUUUUUCCACCAAAAAUAUAGCAAUAAUCCUUAUUGGAGUAUACACAAUGAAAAUCAAUUUUUCAACAAUGAUUUUCAUUUUUCUGCAUUUAAGGGGAAAAAUUUCUAAUUUUAAUUAUCUUUGUGAGGAUAAAUGCUAUAAUAAUGACAUCAGCAAGUACAAAGUUUAGGCAUUUGUUUGAAUUUAUUGUAUAUUUAAUGAAUUUUUUCAAUCUUGGACAAAAACCUAAUAUUUGAUGCAUAAAAUAUUUGAGUUUUGUGAAUUAUUGGAACAUAUUUGACCUUAGAAUUACGUAACAUAAUAUGUUUAAAGAAAUUCAUUUAGUCAAAUUAUAUUUUGAAAAUAGUCAUUAAACUUUUUGGUGCCAUUUUUCAAGCAUUCUUUUUUUUUAUCUGCUUUGUAGUGUGUUUUUGUCUUACCUUUAUUUAUAACAUGUUAUAUUUUGGUUAAAAUAAUGUAUUAUGUUGUUUAUAUUCAAUUGUAAUAUGGUAAUGUGAUGUACAGUUAAUUAAUAAUCUAAUCAAAUCUUAUUAUGACAUAAAAUGUUUACUUAUAAUCCUUGUAAUAUAAGAUAAGUAAUAAUAUUUAAAAAGUAGAAAUAUAUCUUAAUGCCUCUUUGAUAAGUUUUAAAUUAAAAAAACUUAUGGUCAAUUACAUUUUUAACAUUGUGCUCGUAGAUUUUACUAUUUAUUAAACAAUAACAGCUUUCCCAAAUAAAAUAAGUCCACUUUCACCCCUAAGUAAAUUUUUUUCCCUUUGAUCUUAUUUUCCAGUUUUUUUAGUUCCUCAAGCUUUUUUUAUUAUUAUUUGUGUUAAUUUUUAAUCAUCUGUAGUUUUCAAUUAAAAUAAAUGAACCAGAUAAUCUCUUUCCCUUAAAUUUAACUGAAUAAAAAUUCCAGAGAAUUAUUUCCCUAUCUUUUUAAUUCACUGCAGAAACAGUAGUAACUAUUCUAUUUGUUUUCAAUUAAUUUUUUGUAUUGGAGAACCAAAGUGUAGUUUGAAAUAGAAACUCAAUUUUCAGUAAAAGUUUUCAAAAAACAUAUUAAACAUUUAUACCACUUAACACUCAAUUUUUAAUUCAUAGUUGAACAUAUGUUAAUUUUUUCAAAACAUUUAAUUAAACUAAUAACUUAAUUGUGGAAAGAGGUCAUUUUCGAAUUUUACAACUAAUUAUCAUAUACGUGUCUUCAACAAUUUGAAAUUGUUCAUACAACGUUUAUUUAUUUGAAUUACUAUUAUUAAUUAUAUAUAAUAAUAAAAUCUUAAAUAAUCUCAAGUUGCCAAAUUAUAGUUCAUAAAAUGUCAUUUAAUUAUAAACAGAUUUUUUUAAAUGUUUGAUUUUACCUGCAGCAUAUGCUGUUUUAGAAAUUUUGUGACUUGAGAGAUUUUACAGGAAAAAUAAAUAAACUAUUUUAUAAUCUUAAAUGUUUAAAGUGUGGAAUUAAAGGAGCUAUUGACUUAUUUAUAAUUUUCAACUAAUUCAGUUAUAAAUUUUGUCGGAUAAAGCUUUAAAGUUUUGAAAUUUAUGGUUUGUUUCUUUAUUUGGUAUUAAAAAAUAAUUAUUUCAUAAUUAUAAAUUUCAAAAAUCACUAAAAAAUUUUAUUGGAAAACUGAGGAACCAUCCACAAAAUGAAAUUAAUUUUGCACAAUACAAAAACGCUUUCCAUAUUUAUUAAAUAUACACUCACAAUAUUUGUAGUUCGGAAACAUUAAAACUAACAAUUUAUUUUUUAAUUUUUGAAGAAAAAAAUUAAUAAAUGAUUAAAUAAAUAAUGAAACUUUGAAACAACUAAUUUUUUUUCUUUUUCAUUUUAAUUUAUAACCUAAUUAUAUAUAAAUAUAAUUCUAUGAAGAUUUUUAAUGCAUUCCAUUCCUUUACCACUUUUCACUGUUUUGGUUGCUUUUUUUUUUUUAAUCCCUUUUUUGAUUUGAGAAAUGGUAGCUAUAAAUUUUUUUUCUUUAAAAAAUGUAUCACAUUUUAUUCUGACUUUUUACUUUAAUUCUACUUAAUCUAUGGAAUAAUUAUCAAUUUAUUUUUACCUUUUAGCUAAUAUUAGAUGUCAUUAUUGUUGAUUAUUUAUUUCAUUAUUUCUGAAAUUUAAGUAGAAUGCAAUAAUGUCUUGUUUAAUGAAGUUAUACUUAAGAUAAAAAAUUUCAACAAUGCAGUAUUUUAAUUUAAAUUGUUUUUCUUCCUCUGCAUUAUAUAGGAUUCAAAAAAUCUUUGCUAAAUUUUGAAGGAAAAUAGUUACAAAAUAUGGAAAAGGUCAAAUUGAAAGAGAUUUAUACUUAUUUUCAUUUAAAAUCCUAUGUGUAUGGCACAAUAAAUAAAUACAAAAAUAAUAAAGAGAAAAACAAAGAGAAUUAAGAAAAUCAAUUUUUCAAGAAAUUUUUGAGUGCUUCUUACAUUAUUGUAUUGAUAUAUUUUGCUUUGGCUAUAUUGAUACCAUAUUAAAAAGCACUCCUUUUUGCGGACAUAAUCGUGUGAGCUGAUAAAAAGAUUUUUUUUUCCCUGGAUUUUUAUUGAUUUUUUUUUAAAUUUCUUCUUUCAUUAUUCUGAAAAACAAUUGAAUGUUUUUCUGAUUGUAGGAGGUGUUCAGAACUUUAUUGUGUUAUUCACUAUACAUUUCAAUUAAUAUCAAAAGUAUUUAUUAUCAUUUAAAUUAUAUAGUUAAAUAUAUUUGCUAAUAAAUGAAAAUUAGUGAAUUUUUUAUGCUGGUUAAAUAGAAUCAUACAAUAUUAUCAAUGGAAGUAUAUAUACAUUUAAAUAAAUUUUAAAUGUCAGUGAAAGUUAAAUCAAAAUUUUAUUCAGUCAUUAUUUUAUUAAAUUAUUUGCCUUUAUUUCUCAAAUAAGGGUUGAACAUUUCUCUUUUGGAAUUUAAUUGAAUGGCUUGGGCAAUAAGCCACAUUUUUCAAACUAUUCAGAAGACAGUUAUCGAUUAAAACACCACAUUUUCCUUGUGGUCAAUUUGAUGAUUUAGUAUAUUGUUGUCCAAUCUAGUAUAAAUUCUAGACAUUUGUAAAGAACAUAUUAAUUGAAAUCACAUUAAAAAGAAGUUUGAGGUAAAAAUGUUAAUCUUGGAAAAAAGUGUGGCUUGUGAUUGCAUUGCCUCAUAGACUUUAGUUAUAGGAUUGAUGUUAAAAAAUUUGAUUAUAAACAAAAAAUCUUUUUUUAAGCAUAACAUAUCUAAUUUUAAAAAUUAUACUUCUUGAUCCAUUGUUUUAAUUUAUUGUGAAAUGGGCUAAUUGAUUUUUUUUUAUGCAAUGAAAUCUUUUUAAUUUGCAAUUAAUAUUAUUGUAAUAUGAAAUAUGCUACUUAAAUUGUUUGUUUAUUUUAAUAGCUAAUCAUAACUGUAUACAUAUUAUAAAAUCUCUAAUACUUAAUUGUUAAUUUUCUACUGGUGUAAAAUACUUAUUUUUUCUGUAUUUGUGAUUUAUUGUUGCAUUUUUUUUCAACUGCAUCAACAUGUUCAGUUUUAUUUUGAAUCUCAAACACUUAAAUCUGUUUAGAAAUCAAUAAAUAAUUUUUAUUAUC